AUGACGAGCCCGAUGUUCCUUCUUAUGAUUUUAGUACUCAUGGCCAUGCCUAGACCAGGGCAACAGGGAUCAAUCAACACUUCUCCCCUAAGACUGGCGGCUCAACCGAGCUACAUGAGCAAUGGGCAAACCUUCGGGACUACCCCAGCACCAGCCGUACAAAGGAAUCCCAACGACCCACACUUCGGUGGUCGGGCCUCGAACGGUCUGGUAUGGGUCGAACAAUUUGGCAAUCAAAUUGGCGCUGUUGUCAAGAAUUAUGCAGCCGGGGGGGCAUCUGUCUCUCGGGCACUCUCUCCCAGCGAUGUUCCACAAACGGACAUGAUCGGCCAUGUCCGAACUUUCUUGAAUCAGAGAAACCACGUUGAUGCGUCCUCCUCCAUGGCAAUGAUUUCCUACGGAAUCAAUGAUUGGGCCUCAUCCUCUCGACAUGGUACUCAAAACCUUCCCAAGGCAGCUCAAGAACUCGUUCGCCAAACCGAACUACUCGUCCAAGCUGGAAUUCGGAACGUGGUUGUUCUCUCACCACCCAUGAUGUCUGGUCCACUGGUCAACUUCAACAAUAUCAUUUGGAACGGUCUCAAGGCACUUCGGAAUAGAAACCCUGCAAUACAAUUUGCUUAUGUUGAUUUUACCGCGCUCUAUUCUGCUAUCACUUCUAAUCCCCGCUCCUUCGGGUACCUAUCCACUAGUUCAUGUCUUCCAAGUGCCACUAGUAUGUCUGGUGCUUGUUCAAACCCAAAUGUCUACCUCUAUUAUCUUCCCCGCCAUCCGCAAAAACUGACCCAUGGACUCAUGGCCGAAUGGGUUCAGGGGGUGUUAUCAAAUUGUAGAUCUUAG